CGCCCACUAUACACUUGAACGGCACUCACCCAACUUUCUAUCUUCCAAUUCCCAUUCAUGGCUUCCUCUGUUAAGCUCUGUUCUGUUCUUGUUCUUCUCAGUCUUCUGUUACUCCAAAUUCAUGCAAGAGAGAGCAGCUUCUUCAGCAAAGUACCCAACAAUGGCGUCAAGGAAGAAACCGAAAUCCCCAUCGAACCUUUAACAAAACCAGGAAAAAAAGAGCAGCAACAACAACAACAAGAGCCCAAUUUCAUCCCUCAAGCCCAAAACAGCGGCUACGGUCUCUACGGCCAUGAAUCCGGCCAGCUCCCUCCUUCCGACGCCAAAUUCUCCGAUCCGGCCGCCGGCCGCCCCUUCACCACCACCUCCACCAACUACAACUACCAAAACGACGACGUUUCGUACAAAGCCGAGUCGGAGGAGUACUACGAGGAGGAGGACAGCAACAACAAUAAUGACUACAGCAACGACAACUUCCAAAACGGCAACUCGAAGCCGUACGAGAAUUCGUUUUACUACAACAAGGAUCUUUACGACAACGGACGACGGAACUUCGGGAGCACGAGACUCUCACGUGGCGAUUACACCACAACUCCGUUAUACGAGCAGGAAAAAAACAGUUAUUACAAUGGCGGCGGCGGCGGCGGCGGCGUGGCGGAGAGACAAGGGAUGAGCGACACGAGGUUCAUGGAGAAUGGAAAAUACUUUUAUGACCUCGACAGGGAGCCUCACCACUACAGAAAGCCCAGGGGUUAUUUUGGUAAUACCAAUGGCAACACGUACGAGUACGGUAACUCCAUGGCAGGAAGCAGGUACCAGAACGGCGGCGCAGAGUUCCAGGAGGAACCCGACCAGUUCGUGCCAUGAAUUUAGUUGUGAGCAUGGGAAUUGUUAUGUCAUUUUCCUCUUCCUAUCUUGCUUUAAUUAAUUAACUUGAUAUUUCAUUAUGGUUCAGUUGGAAAGAAAAAAAAAAA